ACAAGAGCUUGCAAAUGCGGAAGCACAAAUGCUAAAUAAUUGUAUCAAAAUAACAAUAGUGUUCAUUAAUAACUUUGUGUGAUUUUUUGUGGAAACCGGUACACGUAUAGCCUGCAGAAGCCAAGAUGUUCAGUGCGGACGCAGGGGCGGUGCAUAUCUUGCAUACACGCACCAGACAGGAACCUACCUCUCCAGUGACCAGCUCUGAUACAUUCUCAUACCUGUUUCCUAAGUUCUCAUUGCCGUCACCAUGGCAGCAGGCUAAUAACCAUGACAACACUUGGAUUGAUGAGGAUUUCAUUCUGAUUGCUGAGUUCUCGGAACAGGAAGGACCUCGACCAGUGAUGGUAAUACCAAAGGAUGGUGGCCAGAACUUUGAUCAGAACGAGUUUUCCAUAAAAAUAUUGGCUGUUGAUCAUCAGUCAUCAAUUGUUGAGGGUUGUGAGGCUACAGAAGAUGCUCAGGUUGCCAUGUCAGACUCUGACAGAGGGGCCCAUGCUUUUGUCCACCACAUUGUGUUGAAUGAUAUCCAGGCAAGGGGAUAUGUACGUCCAUUCUGUAUGACAUAUGUUACUGCAGAUCCCUUGAAAAUUAUGAAAUGUUAUGGAGAAAUUUCCUCACAGAUGAAGCAGGUUGCAAGACUAAUGAAGUAUGGUAACAGACUGGUGUUUAUGAGGGACCUAGAGAAAUACCUGGAAGAUCUCAGCUACACUAAAGCUCACCUGCUGAUCAGCCAGAGUCGCAGUCAGAUGACGUCGCAGGCAGACAGUGACCUUCACCACACGCUCAACAUGAUUCGACAGUGCAUGGAGGAGGUCACAGACAUUGUCACCUCUCUAAAACCACUGAUUCAGGGAGACAGUGAUCUGGCAGAGCGUUUCCAUGGUUAUGAGAGCAUUCUGGGGAAGGGAAAGGCAGACUCAAGUACCAGUCUGGACUGUGGGAGUCUAAAGGACUUUGAUCCAUCUCUGCAAGAGGAUGAAAAUGAAAAAUCGGGAUCUUAUUGUGAAGGGGCGGCGCCAGAGUUCAGUCUUUAUAGGAAAGUAAAAAAUGAAAAGCCCAAGUUGGUGGAUGUAAGCUCCAUUCGUGGAAAGCGUAGAUUUGACCGAUCUCUACGGGGUCUCCACGAGCUCUGCUCCUGGGGCGCGAAAGAGGGACUGCAGAGGCUUAGGACGUUCAGGGAGUUUCUCAAACGUGACCUGGCCAGUAUCUACACAGAUGAACUUGAUGUUGCUGCGCUUGAUCCCUAUGAAGGUUUACUGAGGUUUGGAUACAACACUGUAGGGGCCAACUUUCUGGCGUUCCAGUCAUGUUGCGGAGAGAGUGUCUGUGUACGAAGAAUGGUUCCUGACCUUGAUCAGACAGAGGACACCCUGCCUGUGCUGGGGUCCCUAGAGAGUUUCAAGUCAGUUGUCACGUCCUUCCACUCCCUGGAGGAGGACAGUAUGCUGUCAGCAACAUCCAGUCUUACUGAGAGGGCCGCAGAUAUUGGAAGGGUAAGAUCACUUACAUCACACAGUUGUGCGACUAGGAAUAGUUCUGACCCCAACUUAGCAAUUAGGAAUAGUUCUGACCCCAACUUAGAUGACCCUGGCUUCAUGUUUGAUCAAUUUGAUCAAGAGGAUUCUCUAGCUGUGGACACCAGUGACCAGGACCCCAGUGAUAUUGGGCAGAAAGAUAAAACGUCUGUUGGACUGAAUUCCAGUAAAAGGGGAACUGCAAAUGACCUAGCACAAGCAUCUGAUCCUGAAGAAGUAAAAUUUAGAGCGAAUUCAAACUCUUCUGAAUUCUAUUCAAUCGAUAUAGACAGAGAUUUGAAAUGCAUGGCCAAAGGGUGUAAGUGCAAUAAAAACGAGGUGAAACAUAGCUGCAAUAGGAAAAUUUAUGGGAAAUCCGCAGUACCGAUUGAAAAUGCAAGAACAUCAUAUCCUCAAGACUGCACAAAUGGCAAAUUAGACAAUAUAAUGUGCGAUGCAGAACAAGUGUCUAAAGGAAGUGUUCAUACAAAACAAAGUGAAAAUGUGAGAAUUACAGAAAGUAAUGAAAGAACACCUGACAGUGAUUUUGAGAAGUUGAAAGAUAGUUGUGAAAAUAAGGACGACAGGAAUGACAAUGUAGGGCCUGUCAUGUGGGAUUUAGGUCAAGAAAAACAUGGAGAGAGAUGUAUAAACAUUGACUACAAUUCAGUUACUCCAAAUGUGUCGUUGGACGAAGACAUAAGUAACGACAAAGACAAUCCUACUGAAGACCAAGAAACAAAAUACAAAACAGAAAUGUCUUACAGUGAAAGUGAAUCAGUGCCAAAGUUGAACAAUCUAAGUACGUGUUGUGAUAAAGUUGAGUCAGAGAUUGAAAAUCAAAAAACGCCUGAACCUGAGAAUUUAACACAUGUGCAAUAUCCAAACAGUUCUGCAGAUGAUGAUUUGGAAGAAACUCUUGUGCCCAACGGUUUGCCUUCCUCAUAUCAGCCACCCAACAUCGCUAGACAGUCUCUGAACGUUGCUAGGCAGCCAAAUAGGUCCUGGAAAUUCUUCUCCCCGUUUAAGAGAAUGCAGGAUGGGGAGCAUUCCAUAGGCCAGGUGCUAAUGAGGGUUCUGAGUUGCUAUGGCAACCUGCAGCAUGUCGUAAACAGUCUGUUGCUAGGGAGACCAGUGGUUGUCAUGGGAACAAAGAAACAGGAGGCAACCAUUAGAGAUAUCCUCACUGCCCUGACUCUCUUUGUGCCAGUAACAACAAGGGAGAGCCCAGUGAACCUGCUGUGUGUAAUACGUCAACUGAAGAUGACAGACGUACACAAGUUCCAGCUCUGUGGAGUGAUACGCUCUGAGAAACACUCUGGGGACUAUAUUCUGCCACAGUCAAUCAGGCGCUAUGUGACCGUGGUGGAUGUGGACAGGUGUCUCAUACAGGGUCAUUCAUACCAGGGCACCAUGCUAGCCUUCCUGCCCUCCAUACACGCUCGCAAGAAGAUCUUCAAGUCUGAACACAUACUCUUCCCUUACAUCCAGCUCUGUUUGGAAGAGAUUUCAAUGAAGGCAUUCAGUUUCUACCACUGUAUAACAGCAAAGGAUGGAAUGCAGGACAUAAGAGAGGCAAAUGUGUUGAAGAGAAGUGCCAUGCUGGAGCUGUCUGCAGACAAGUUCCUCAACAGGGCCGGCCUUCUAAACUCAGAUUGCAGGAUCAUCAAGCACUUGGCUGAGCUGGUCAAGGUACAGCAGAUUGAUGAAGAAUUCAACUGCAAAUAUCUCACAGAUGCCCCUGCCUACCCUUUCAGUGCACUGUACCAGCCGACACAGGUCUUCAAAUUGUAGACAAGGCACACUGUACCAGCAGACACAGGUCUUCAAAUUGUAGACAAGACACACUGUACCAGCCGACACAGGUCUUCAAAUUGUAGACAAGACACACUGUACCAGCCAAAACAGGUCUUCAAACCAUAGACAAGACACACUGUACCAGCCGACACAGGUCUUCAAACUAUAGACAAGACACACUGUACCAGCCAACACAGGUCUUCAAACUGUAGAAAAGACACACUGUACCAGCCAACACAGGUCUUCAAACUGUAGACAAGACACACUGUACCAGCCAACACAGGUCUUCAAACUGUAGACAAGACACACUGUACCAUCUGACACAGUCAUAAAAUUGUAGGCAAGAUACACUGUACCAGCGGACACAGGUCUUCAAACUUUAAACAAGACACAUUGUACCAUCAGACACAGGUCUUCCAACUUUAGACAAGACAAACUGUACCAGCCGACACAGGUCUUCAAACUUUAGACAAGAUACACUGUACCAGCGGACACAGGUCUUCAAACUUUAGAUAAGACACACUGUUCCAGCAGACACAGGUCUUCAAACUUUAGACGAGACACACUGUACCAGCGGACAAAGGUCUUCAAACUGUAGACAAGACACACUGUAUCAUCCGACACAGGUCUUGAAACUGUAGACAAGACACACUGUACCAUCUGACACAGGUCUUCAAACUGUAGACAAGACACACUGUACCAUCCGACACAGUUCAACAAACUGUAGACAAGAUAAACUGUACCAGCGGACAAAGGUUUUCAAACUUAAGACAGGAUACGCUGUACCAUCCAACACAGUCUUUAAACUGUAGACAAGACACACUAUACCAGCCAACACAGGUCUUCAAAUUGUAUACAAGACACACUGUACCAUCCGACACAGUUUUUCAAACUGUAGACAAGACACACUGUAUCAGCCGACACAGGUCUUCAAACUGUAGACAGGGUACACUGUACCAUCAGAUACUGGUCUUUAAACUGUAGACAAGACACACUGUACCAGCCAACACAGGUCUUCAAACUGUAGACAAGACACACUAUACCAGCCGACACAGGUCUUCAAAUUGUAGACAAGACACACUGUACCAUCCGACACAGUUCUUCAAACUGUAGACAAGACACACUGUUCCAGCAGACACAGGUCUUCAAACUUUAGAGGAGACACACUAUACCAGCCGACACAGGUCUUUAAACUUUAGACAAGACACACUGUACCAGCCGACACAGGUCUUCAAACUGUAGACAAGAUACACUGUACCAUCUGACACAGGUCUUCAAACUGUAGACAAGACACACUGUACCAUCCGACACAGUUCUUCAAACUGUAGACAAGAUACACUGUACCAGCAGACAAAGGUCUUCAAACUGUAGACAGGAUACACUGUACCAUCUGACACAGUCUUAAAACUGUAGACAAGACACACUAUACCAGCCGACACAGUUCUUCAAACUGUAGACAAGGCACACUGUAUCAGCCAACACAGGUCUUCAAACUGUAGACAGGAUACACUGUACCAUCAGACACUGGUCUUCAAACUGUAGGCAAGACACACUGUACCAUCCGACAAGGUUCUUCAAACUGUGGACAAGACACACUAUACCAGCCGACACAGGUCUUCAAAUUGUAGACAAGACACACUGUACCAUCCGACACAGUUCUUCAAACUGUAGACAAGACAAACUGUUCCAGCAGACACAGGUCUUCAAACUUUAGACCAGACUACCUAUACCAGCCCACACAGGUCUUUAAACUUUAGACAAGACACACUGUACCAGCCGACACAGGUCUUCAUAACUGUAGACAAGACACACUGUACCAUCUGACACAGGUCUUCAAACUGUAGACAAGACACACUGUACCAUCCGACACAGUUCUUCAAACUGUAGACAAGAUACACUGUACCAGCGGACAAAGGCCUUCAAACUGUAGACAUGAUACACUAUACCAGCCGACACAGGUCUUCAAAUUGUAGACAGGACACACUGUACCAUCCGACACAGUUCUUCAAACUGUAGACAAGAUACACUGUACCAGCGGACAAAGGUCUUCAAACUGUAGACAGGAUACACUGUACCAUCUGACACAGUCUUAAAAUUGUAGACAAGACACACUAUACCAGCCGACACAGUUCUUCAAACUGUAGACAAGACACACUGUAUCAGCAAACACAGGUCUUUAAACUGUAGACAGGAUACACUGUACCAUCAGACACUGGUCUUCAAACUGUAGACAAGACACACUGUACCAUCCGACAAGGUUCUUCAAACUGUAGACAAGACACACUAUACCAGCCGACACAGGUCUUCAAAUUGUAGACAAGACACACUGUACCAUCCGACACAGUUCUUCAAACUAUAGACAAGACAAACUGUUCCAGCAGACACAGGUCGUCAAACUUUAGAUGAGACCACCUAUACCAGCCGACACAGGUCUUUAAACUUUAGACAAGACACACUGUACCAGCUGACACAGGUCUUCAUAACUGUAGACAAGACACACUGUACCAUCUGACACAGAUCUUCAAACUGUAGACAAGACACACUGUACCAUCCGACACAGUUCUUCAAACUGUAGACAAGAUACACUGUACCAGCGGACAAAGGCCUUCAAACUGUAGACAUGAUACACUGUACCAUCCGACACAAACUUCAAACUGUAGACAAGACACACUAUACCAGCCGACACAGGUCUUCAAAUUGAAGUCAAGACACACUGUACCAUCCGACACAGUUCUUCAAACUGUAGACAAGAUACACUGUAUCAGCGGACAAAGGUCUUCAAACUGUUAACAUGAUACACUGUACCAUCUGACACAGUCUUCAAACUGUAGACAAGACACACUAUACCAGCCGACACAGGUCUUCAAAUUGUAGACAGGACACACUGUACCAUCCGACACAGUUCUUCAAACUGUAGACAAGACUCACUGUACCAGCCAACGUCGGCGUUUAUGCAAAUUAGGCGUAAUUUUCCCGACAGUUCAUACACCGAUGAAAUGCAGAAAAAUGCUAUUCAAUUCUUAAGACAAGUGUCAAAUAGCAUGUGCUGAUUUGCAUCUUUUUGCAUCAUGUCACAUUCAUUUACAAUUGUUUCUGAGAUGAUGGACUCCAUUUUGCGAAGCUGUUUUAUGCAAUAUUUACACAUGUGACUUUAAAAUGAGCCUCGCUUAGGUAAAACUAAGGAGUCUUAAUGCAUGUGCGCACAUGCUAAUCAGGGACAAACUUUCCACUUUUAUGGUAUUUUUCGUUAAAAGAUUGUCUCUUUUAAAUGAAAGUCCAGUUUAGUCAGAAUGUGUUGUCCCUGAUAAGCCUAUGCUGACUGCACAGGCUAUCACAGGGACAACACUUUAGCACAUUCAUAACACAAAAUUUUCCCAGAGGAAGGCUCAAAUGUAUUUUUUAAUUUAUAGUUUACUUGAUGCAAAUUCAUGGUGUCAGGAUCUCUUGAAAUAUAUUUCAUAGAUCCAUAGAUUGAUUUUCUCUAAAAGAUGAUGAACCUACAAGACAUUUAACUGUAGUCUUUAACUUAAGCUUGAUAAUUGCGUAAAUACAAGACAAUGUAGUUAAAGGUCCAGGGGCCAAACAGAUCGUUUACUGUCUGAAUAUGUUGCCAUGACUGUGAUCACAUGACCUUGUCUUCCAAAAAAAAUUGUGUCAAAAAUUGUGUUUGUAACAAGUCAUAAUUGGUGUUAACCUGGAUUAGGCUUAAUUUUGGAAAUACCUUCGGGGCCAUUACUGGAUUGAUUGUAACUGGAUUAACAAAGAUGCAUUUUUAAAGUAUCUCUAACAGUAUUUUCAGAACGUGUUACUACUUUGGGUUCACUCCGAAGGUGUGUUAAAAAGAAUCUUUCAGUCCAGAAUAAUUGCUUUUCAUUUGCUAAGCCAGCAACAUGAUGACCUUCAUUUUUCCAUACAUUAGUUCAGUAGCAUUUCAUAAUUGAUUUGUUAAAUGACAUCACAGAAGUAAACAAGACUAUUGCCAAGCAAUAUAGUCCCCUACCGGUUCCACCAUUGUCAGAAAUUCCACCAUUGUCGUAAUUUGUUAUUUUUUUUGUUGCCAUAGCAACCAGAAUUUUUGACGUAGGAACAAAAUGAAAUGACGUGCAUAAUGUCCAUAUUGCCAUCUAUCCAUGUUUCAAGUUUCAUAAAACAAUAUUAAGAACUUUUAAAGUUAUCGCAGGAUCCAGAAAACCACCAUUUUCAGCAGUAUUUUUAGUUUAUUUGUUGCCAUAGCAACCAGAAUUUUUGACGGAACAAAAUGAAAUGACGUGCAUAAUGUCCAUGUUGCCAUCUAUUCAUGUUUUAAGUUUCAUGAAAAAAUAUUAAGAACUUUUAAAGUUAUCGCAGGAUCCAGAAAAGUGUGACUGACAGACAGUUUGCGCUCUGCAAACCAUAAUUCCCCUCCGGGGAAACUGGUAGGGGACAAAAAGACAACAGUAUAGCCUCUAUUUUUUCCAACUAGUACGUUGAUCCAGGAGAAAAAAUGGUACAUGUACUCUGUAAGGUAACUUGUUACAUGGUUUCUUUCUGAGCCUGCAUGGUGUGAUACAGACAGGGCAGUAAAUAUACAUUUGGCGCAAGUUAUGCCAUGUAACUAACGAUACUACAUACUAAUAGGGGUUUAUUGCACUCCAAUCUGAUGGCAUAUCACUUAAGCAUGAUUUUAAAAUGGGAAACACAUUGUGGUGUACAGGUAGUUUUGAAAUGUAUUUAUGCUUAUUGGUGCAAAGCUUGUAUUUUCAUUUUUAGCUCAGCUGUUUUCGGAGAAAACCUGAGGUAUUGUCAUAGCCAGCUCGUCCUUCGUCCUUUUAACUUGUGCUAAAACCUUAAAAUUGGCUCUAUUAUCAAAGUGCUUCCACCUACAACUUUGAUAAUUCAUAUUUAGCUGCACCUUGAGGAGUUCUACAUGCCACACCAAUUUUUGGGUCACUAGGUCAAAGGUCAAGGUCACUGUGACCUCUAAUAUAAAAAACAAAUCUGACAAGCUUUCAUUUAUUCAAAACUGCAUCCACAGCCGAGCGUUGGCACCCACUAUGCGGUGCUCUUAUUUUACUAGUUUCAUAUGUUAUAUUUAUUAUAUGUUAUUAUAUACAUUUCAUUUUGCUGCUUUGAUAGCCGUGUCCAUUUUUCACUCAUUGAAAUAACUGAGUUAACAGAUUUGUUAUUGAAUAGAUUUGAAGAGAUUAGAUAAUGUGUCAUCUAAUUUGAAGCUGUUAAAGGACGUUUUUAGAUUGUAUUAUGUUUAAGCUACAUUGUAUAUAUUUACUACAGUUAAGUUUGUCAAUGAUCUCUGAUUAUGUACCCAUCAUGUGUACAAACAUGUUGUGCAUGGUCUCAGAGGCUUUUUGUUCAUUUAAAUAUGAGGAAUUCCAAAUAAAAACUAUUGUUACGUGCAUGUA